AUGUUCAGGAGUACUUUACUACGUACAUCUAAACAAACUUUACUGUUUUCAACAAAAAUAAGAACCCCAACUUCUUUUGCCCAUAUCAAAUCUGCCGCGUUUCCCCUACAAUCAUUAAAAAACAAUGACUAUAACCUUGCUAUAAUUCCCUUCAAACGUUUUAAUUCCACUUCGUCUUCAUCAUCUGCUAUCACUAAAGAAACCGCAUCUGAGAUUACAACUCAAUUACCCUCAUUUUCCGAAUCUGUUACAGAUUCUAUUGCUUCUGCUGCUGCUUCCCCUGUUUCCGGUAAUCUUGGGGAUGUUAUCACAACUGUCGGCGAAGCAUCUUCUCAUAUUGGCUACUUGAGUAGUAUUGGUAUGGCUAACAAUUGGUACUGGCCACCAGAUUUACUUCAGCAUCUUAUGGAAUACGUGCACGUUUAUCUAGGUUUACCAUGGUGGGGUACCAUUGUUGUUACUGCCAUUACAGUCAGAGUCUUACUAUUCCCAUUAUAUGUUAAAUCAUCAGAUACUACUGCUAAAAAUUCCCAAAUUAAACCCCAAUUGGACAAAAUCAAUAAAGAAUUAUUUAAUUCCUCUGAUAUGAUUGAAUCCCAAAAAAUUGCCUUGAAAAGGAAAAAAUUAUUACAAGAAAAUGGUAUAAAAAUGAGAUGGUUAGCUGCUCCAAUGAUUCAGGUACCAGUAGCAAUUGGCUUUUUUUCUGGUUUAAGACAAAUGUGUAACUAUCCAGUUGACGGUUUCACCAAUCAAGGUCUAGCUUGGUUUACUGAUUUAAGUGCUGCUGAUCCUUAUUUGGGCUUACAAGUCAUCACUGCUUCCGUUUUUAUUGGGUUUACCAGACUGGGUGGUGAAACUGGUGCUCAGCAAUUUUCACCUCAAUUGAAAAAAGUCUUUACUAUCUUACCCCUAUUGAGUAUCCCCGCAACCAUGAACUUAGGUGCUGGUGUUGUUUUAUACUUUGCUGUUAAUGGUUUUUUUUCUGUUUUGCAAUCCUUAGUUUUAAGAAAUGAAUGGUGCAGAAAAAAACUAGGUAUUUCUAAAAUUGUUAUUCAUAAUAACACCGGUGGUGAUGCUGACGAGAAAAAGAGCAUUCUACAGAGUUUCAAAGAUAACAUUAAUAAAGCUAAAGAACAAGCCGAGAAAAGAGCUGAAAUGAAAAAUAAAGAAAUUGAAAAGCAAGAAAAGUUUAAAGAAAAAAGGGCUAGUAGUCAAAUUAAGAUUAUUCGUAGAUCUGACUUGAAAAAGAAAUAG